CCCGAGGGUGAACGGAGGGCUCGUACGUCAGUAACCCCCCGACAUUCGGGCGGGAUUAUCGUGCUAAAAUAUCUUUAUCAUUAUUUAUAAAUAAACCCUUUGUUUAUUGUUUAGAUACGCUCUUUCAUAUUUACAUCCGCUUGGUGUUAAAGUUUCGCGAGUGAAUGCAAUGAGAACAUACGAUGUGUGAUGGUGGGAGGCAUGCACCGUGCUGUGGCCGGCGCACCAGCCAAGAGUCUGGGCCCCUGGUGACGCGGGUCGCAUUAUUAGCUGCGCUUAUUGCGACCGCUAGUGGUUGCUAUUUGUUUCCUAGUGACGUGCCAGAUCCUUGUCAAGGCGUCACGUGCGGCCCCGGGGCCCUAUGCCGGCCGACGCCCGAUGGCCGCGCGUACAACUGCGAGUGCCCCACAUCCUGCCCCAGCUACGGGGACCACGAAGGCUCACGUCCGCUGUGCGCCAGCGACGCACGUGAUUAUCCGGGCGAGUGUGAAAUGCGCAGGGCAGCCUGCGAAACUAACACGAAUAUUACCUUCAAAUACUUUGGCAAAUGUGAUCCUUGCGCCGGAGUGACGUGCCCGGAUCCGGAAGUGUGUCAGCUGGACGACCGCCGGCAGCCAUCUUGCCGGUGCGCGGAGCCGUGUCCGCUAGAGUUCUCCCCCGUGUGUGCGUCAGACGGCAAGACUUACUCCAACGAGUGCCAGAUGCACCGCGAAUCUUGUCGAGCCAGAAAGCAGUUGAAGAUUGUGUUCAAAGGACAGUGCAGUACUGGCGUAAACCCGUGCGCGGAGGUGGAGUGUCGUCACGGGGCGGAGUGCCGCGUGGAGGGCGGUGGCGCCGUGUGUGCAUGUCCUCCGCCUUGCGAGCCGGUGCUGCGGCCCGUGUGCGGUUCCGACUCGCGCUCUCAUGACAGCGAGUGUGAACUCCGUCGCGCCGCCUGUCUGCUGGGGCGGGAGCUGCGAGUGUUGCAUGCUGGCGCUUGUGGAUCAAACGGCGUAUGCGCAGGCCGCGUGUGCCCGCACGGUGGUGAGUGCGUGGCGUCGGGCGCGCGCGGCGUGUGUCGCUGCCCGCGCUGCUCCAACGAGUUCGCGCCAGUGUGUGGCUCUGAUGGCAUCUCCUACGGCAACCGCUGCAAGCUGCAGCUGGAGGCCUGCCGCCACCGGCGCGACGUGCAGGUGCUCUACGAUGGACCUUGUAAUGGAUGUGAAAACAAAAAAUGCGAAUUCUACGCUGUGUGUGAGAGUGAUGGCAUUUCAGAAGCAAGUUGCGUGUGCCCCAAACAUUGUGAAGAAGGAACUGAAACAGAGGAAGUGUGCGGCAACGACAAUCAGACUUACAGCAGCGUAUGCGCACUGCGCGACGUAGCUUGCCGCGAGAAGAGGAGGCUGUUUGUCAAACAUAUGGGGUCAUGUGAAUCGUGUGUGGGAAUAGAAUGUCCAGCGGGUACGUGGUGCGCACGCGGCGCUUGUGCGUGUUCCAACCCGUGCGCGGACGCGGCGCGCGAGCCAGUGUGCGCCACCACGCACCACACCUUCAUACACGAGUGCGCGCUGCAGAAGGCCGCGUGUGAAGCGCGCAUGCGCGGCGAACCGCCAAUCCAUGUCGCGUAUUAUGGGGAGUGUACGGAGUCGCAGGAUGAGAAUGCUACGGAUGGAACAAACAAAACAGCAAAAAUAACAGAUCUAAGCAACGAAAUCCGACCAGGAGAUGAAGUGGCGGAGAGUUCAAGCGAGCCUGGCGCGGGAACGGCUGUGUGCGCAAGAGUUCAAUGCGCGUAUGAAGCUACUUGCGCGGUAGACUCUAACGGCCAACCGCGAUGCGCUUGCCUAUUUGACUGCGCAGCCGCCGCCGCCGCUGCCUCUGCACCCGUAUGUGCGUCGGAUCUACGACUCUAUCCCACGUUGUGUCAUAUGAAGCUAGAGGCUUGCCGGAGACAAGAGGACUUAAGGCUUCGGCCUUUGGCUUUGUGCCAGGGUUUGGAGUUUCGACCUUGCGGUGACGACGAGCCGCUAAAAGACGCAGACGGUCGUCCGUUGGACUGUGGCGGCGGGCCCCAUCGCAAGGACUGUCCCAUCGGCAGCUACUGUCAUCAUACUACUAAAGUGGCCCGGUGUUGUAGAAAAGACAAAACGGUAGUAGAAAAGAAGGGUUGCCAAGAAUCGUGGCACGGUUGUUGCGCUGACGGCAUCACGCCUGCUCGAGGCCCGGGCGGGGCGGGCUGUCCGUCACAGUGCGGAUGUCACAGACUUGGCUCAGAGUCGGAGCAGUGUGACGAGAGCGGGCAGUGCGUGUGUCGGCCCGGCGUCGGCGGGGAGAAGUGCGACCGCUGCGAGCCCGGAUACUGGGGGCUGCCGCGUAUCGGCACCGGACAUACUGGCUGCAUACCAUGCGGUUGCUCGGCGUUUGGUUCAGUUCGCGAGGACUGCGAGCAGAUGACGGGGCGUUGCGUGUGUAAGCCCGGCAUACAAGGACAGAAGUGCACCGUCUGCUCCAACCACGAGCACACGCUCGGACCCAACGGCUGUUUUGACCCGGAGUCAACUCAACUUCCAGCAACGAAUUGCGACCACAUGACAUGUUACUUCGGUGCCCACUGCCUGAUACGCAGCGGGCUCGCUACAUGCGAGUGUAGCAACGCCGAGUGCCCGGCCAAAGACGGACCGUCAGUUUGCGGCAGCGAUGGGAGGACGUAUCUAUCCGGUUGCCACCUCCGUAACCACGCGUGCAGGACGCAGUCAGAUGUAGUGGUGCAAGCAUUCGGCCCGUGCGGGGACGAGGUGCCGCACGUCAGACGAGAAAAGAUCUACUCUAACGGUCAUACGGAUUCGGUAAGUGGUCCACAAGUGAGUUGUAGCGUUCGACCAGCCAAGAACACGUCUGAGAUGUUGUAUGAGGACAUCGAUGAGGAUUUGAUGAAUGAGAUCGAGGAAGACUAUUCUUUUCAAGAGGAUUAUGUUGAAGAGAAGGAGAAUGGCGUGUACAAAGUACCUCUGUUCGAUGGAAACGCAAGGAUCACGGCUCGUAUCAGAUUGCCAGCGAAGCGCUUCGAUAUUUGGGCAGAGAUGUCUGCGGUGUGCGGGAACGGAACAUUGGUUAGCGCGUCGGGGACAAGGGACCACUUGUGGCUUGGUUUUGUUCAAGAACGAGGAGUAUUGCGAUGGGACGCGGGGAGUGGGCCUUUGGAGUUGCGAGCCGGGAGGGUGAAGAUGGAUGGCAGGUCGAAGAUAUCUGCGAGGAGGUACAAGAAAGACGCGGUGUUGAAGGUGGGCUCGGCAACAACUACUGGAUCGGCUCAAGGUCGCAUGAGCUCGCUCGAUGUUGACCCCUUCAUCCAUAUCGGCCAUCCGCCGGAGAAUGUUAUGAGGUCAUCAGGGUCACCUCUGCCGGGCUUCGUCGGCUGCGUGCACAGGCUGCGCGUUAGUGGCCGUGACGUCAUUCCUCCAGCACGAGGUCUACCAAUCACAGCGCACGGCUUGCGUCCCUGUACACCUCACAACUUGGCUCGGCUCGUCUGCCCGUAGACAGAUAAGUUGAUCUUAGAGGCCCAGUCAAAAUGAUUUUUCUGUAGGCAUAAAGGUCCUUAAAUAGCCAACACACUAGGGAAUGCAAUCCCAAAUUCGAGAUCCCGCGGGACUUGAAAUAUCAAUCCCAAAAAUUUCGGGAUCUCGUCUAGUUCAUAAAAAAAUGUAAGUAAAGUUAAGAUGGCUGAAAACGAUAAAAAACUGCUUGUUUGUGAUAGGUAUUCUUCAAAAUUACUAACUAAAAAAAAUAGUUUUCUUUGGAAAUAAACAUAAAACAAAAAGUAUAACUCCAAGGAGAUUCGCCCAAUCCUGUCAAUCUCGACUGGGAUCUCGUCACAUUAUCCUUCGGGAUUGAUCCCGAAAAAUCAGAUGAAAUUGCAUUCACUACUACACACGUCCCAAUGCUGGGCACACACAAGAGCUCACUUAAUCAACUGGAGGGGGUAUAGACCAUACUUCACAAAACUGCUCCACUACGGGUUUGUGUUGGGAGCAAAGCCAGUGUUUUAAAAGCUAUAGAAUAUGGAAUGAAAAUGUAGUAAUAAACAAAACAUGCACAUUUAGUGAAUUUAUGGCAAGAAUUAAAAGAAUUUUGGCUGGGCUGACUUGUAACAUAAGGUCUUUUUAAUCGGAUGUGUCCGAUGUUAAGAUGUGGAAACCUCAACAAAGGUGAUAAAAAAAUGCGGCGGCCAUAACAUAUAUCGUCUUCAUUAGCUGCAUUCAAUGGAAUUGAUAUUAGAAUAAAAAAUAAAGCAAUCGAACUUGACCAAGUAAAUAGAUGUAGAUUAAGUAGAUUUGCAAAAGAAUAAUAGGACCUUACUUACUAAAAACUAUUUGGAAAUAUGUAGUGGAUGAUAUGAGCUACUACAUCAUGCUUUUAUGUUUCUAAAUGAUAACAAAGUAAACUAAAAUAGCCGAAUUUUACAACCGAAGUUUCAAUGUUCCUGUAAAAUGUAAUGUACUUACUUAAGUUUAAAGCGAAAAGCACGUUGCCUGAAUAAUUAAGUCUCGUUUAGACGUUCUAACUUACCUUACUUAAGUACUUUGAACCUUGUACACACUUGAAUUCUUACUAAGAUAUUCAUUAAAAUCAUUUAAGGUAAUGAUGAAGGCAAGGUGCAUACCAGAUGAAUCAAAACCAAAGAAGGUUAAGUAGCCAUCUUUGUAAUUUUAUAGCCAAAAAUCAAAAUACAAGAAUGAUAAGGAUGAAAAUUUCUAAAAGUUUCUCUAGAUUGUAUUUUUUUAUAUACCUAUAUACCUACUUCUUGAACAAAUCAAAAAAGCCUAAAAUAAAUUUGAGAGCUAAAAUUGUAGUUCCUAUGACGACAACUUUCUAUACUUUAUUGUCAGAAUUUAGGAUCGCAUUUUCAAUUCAUUAUUCAAUAUAUUGUGAAGUACAAUCUACCUUUUGGAUCUUUCCAUUUCUAUACAAUAUAAUGGAUUCAAUGCUGUCGGUUACAAUGUAAGACUUGUUAAAUCUAUAUAUCUAGCUACAGUUACAUACUAUUCCAUACGUAAAUAAAUUAUAGGUAUAAUGGUCCCGAUUCCUGCAGACACAACUUAAUUUUAUUUUGUUAUAGCUGUCAUUUUCUUAUCCGUCGAAAAGAAAAGGGACGGAUAAUUGACAACUGUUAAUUUUAAAAUGAGUGAAUCAUUGAAGGCAUCUCGCUCAUAUUCAACCCGUUUGACGUGUGCUAUCAACUUAAUUCUGUCGGGUUAUUGGCCAAUACAAAAUUUAGGAAGGGAUUUUUAAAUUUCCGCUAAAAAUUUACGUGUGUUCCAUAAAUUUAUUACCCGUCCCUUUUCUUUUCGGCGGAGAAGAAAGUGACAGGUAUAACUUAAGAUAAAAUUAGAUGGUGUGUACAGAAAUCAGCACCAUUGUAUCCAAACUUUCUCGUACUGAAUACUUCGCUGUUUAAACCAUUGUGAUAACUUGUGUAAUCUUCAAAGAUUUUCUAACGUUUGUAUCAUAAUAUUGUUAUAAACAUAUCUAUCUGCGCAUUUUA